AUUGCCUGUUUUGGACUGGGUGCUCCCUGAUCAAUGAGGGAGCUUCAUUGGUAGAUAUCACCGACUCCGUAGGUGCCUACCUAUGGAAUAAAUCCACGGAAUUGGAAUCCAUGUGACUCAUGAAUAUAUCUACAUCUUUGUAAUCGAACUCACGAUCCCCCAAAUUAUGAAUUGAAAACACUAGAUUCCCGAAUCCAAAGCCCUGUCAAAAUGAACGAUCCCAACCCACCCAGCUACCCAAAACUCCCUCGCAACACCGUCCAACGCUACAAAGCACGGGGUACACCCUACGCCCUCCUUACAAACCUCGAUACUAUAAGUUUUAACCAAAAGGAACAGGAACCUACGACUACCAAACCAUCCACAAAAUCAUCAACACCACCCCGCUCCUCCACGUCUCCUUCAACACUCCCUCGCCAGAUGACCCCUUCCCCGCCAUCCUCCCCAUGAUCGGCUUCAUGGGCUCCUUCACCAACCCCUCCGCCUCGCUCUCCGAACCGCUAGAUCUCUAUUUGCACGGCUACAUCUCGUCGCGUCUCAUGAGACUAAGCGACCUCGGUACCAAAAACAAAAAAGGAGAAGAAGAAAAUGAAGAAGAAGAACAAGGUCUCCCCCUAACCAUCUCCGCGACCCAUCUCGACGGCCUAGUCCUCGCACUAACCCCCAACGCCCACUCGUACAACUACCGCUCCGCCAUCCUCCACGGGUACGCAACCCCCGUUCUCAACAACGAGGAGAAACUCUGGGCCAUGGAAAGACUCACCAACUCCGUCAUUCCGGAUCGCUGGAAGCAGACGAGAGUCCCGCCUACGAAGGCGGAGAUGAUGUCGACGCAGAUUCUGAGGGUGAGGGUAGUGGAUGCGAGUGCGAAGGUGAGGGCUGGGGAGCCGCAUGAUGACCGCAAGGAUAUGGGGGAUGAGGAGGUGAGGAGGAGGGUUUGGACGGGGGUUGUGCCGACGUGGGUGCAGUAUGGGGAGCCGAAGGGUGCGGGGGGGAAUUUGGUGGAUGGGGUUCCGGAGUAUAUUGCCGAGUUUGUGAGGAGGGGGAAUGAGGGGGGGAGGAGGGAUGCGGAGGAGGGUAUGNGGAAUUUGGUGGAUGGGGUUCCGGAGUAUAUUGCCGAGUUUGUGAGGAGGGGGAAUGAGGGGGGGAGGAGGGAUGCGGAGGAGGGUAUGCUUGAGAAGGAGAAGCAAUGAGAAAGCACUGA